UUUACCACUACAAAGAAAAUGGCCUCUCUUCUCCAUUUCCUAUUCUUCUUCUUUAUCUCAUUUCUUCUAAAUUUCUCCCCUGUAAUAUCACUCAAAUGCUCGUCGCAAAUCUUUUCUAAUAACACCCACUUUGCCAAUUGCACUGAUCUCACUUUUCUCAAAUCUUCUCUUCACUGGACUUAUAAUUCCAAAAAUUCUACACUUUCAAUUGCUUUUAUUGCUCCUUUGCCAUCUAACAAUGGUUGGAUUGCUUGGGGUAUUAACCCCACCACCCCCUCAAUGAUUGGAACUCAUUCCCUUAUUGCAUUUAAAGAAUCCAAUGGCUCAAUUGUUGUUAAAACUUACAAUCUUACUUCCUAUAAAACCAUUGUAGAGUCUAACAAACUUCUGUUUACUGUUUUGGAUUCUAAAGCUGAGUCCUCUAAUGGGGUUAUGAAAAUCUUGGCCACUUUGGUACUACCGGCAAACUUGACUUCGGUAAACCAUGUCUGGCAAAUUGGGCCAGUAGUGAAAGAUGGCAUACCAGUGGUACAUAAGUUUGAUGCAGACAAUUUGAAUUCUAAAGGCAUUUUGGAUUUGGCUACUUCUUCUGGUGAUAGAAAAAAGAAUGCCAUUGCCCCUACUCAUGCUCCUGCCCCUGCUAAUAAUAUUGGUGGACAGAAUAGAAAAGAAACUAGUGGAUCUUCAAAAAUUUGUGAGAGUGAUUUUAGUUUCUAUGUUUUCUUGUUGUUUCUUGGAGUUUGGUUAUUGUAACCUUAGAUUGACUAAAUUUUCUGAUUUGUCAAUGCAAUAACAUGAUUCUGGAAAUUAGGGUAAAAGGUUAGUAGUAGUCGAGUUUCGGACACCGUAUCCUUUCCAUCAUAUCAUUCUCAUAUUAUCUAUGCUUCGAUUUUUAUUACUACAUGUCGGUUGUUGUUACCCUUGCUUCUGU